AUGGGCGCUCGUGAACGGCUUUAUACUGAAUCUAAAGGAUAUGGAUUUUCUCCUGCUUUAAAAAGGACUAGACAACCUUUUGCUAUGCGCAAUGUCUUGACAUUGGGUGCUCUUUUGACUUUUACUGGUAGCAUUUAUGCCUAUUCUAUGUUUGCUGUUAAGCAAGAUGACUUUAGUGAUGUUCCUCUUCCUAGUCAACUUCCUGGUGUACAAGAUAUUACUUAUCAAGAAAAGCAAAAGUCCAAACAACAAUAA